AUGGGUGCAAUUUUGAGGACCUACGCCAAGCUGACAAAGUUUCAAAGAAUCUAUAUCGGCUUCCCAGGAGAAAUACUGAUGCGGAUGCUUCAGUUGGUCACUCUUCCUCUCAUUGUGUCAAGUGUGAUAAUGGGAAUAUUGUUGGUAGUGGUGAUCAAGCCUGGGGUCAGUCAUGACACUGUUUUUGAUGAUGACGAUGAUGAAGCCUUCUCAACAGUCGAUGUCUUGUUGGAUCUAAUAAGAAAUAUGUACAAGACCCAGAAGGUGUUGGUGAACAUUGAAUCAGACAAUAACAAUUCUACCUCUGACACGGAAGAGACGCAAGUACGUCUAGUGGGCAAAUACAGUGAUGGACUUAAUACACUGGGGGUGAUUGGAAUGUCUUUUAUUUUUGGCCUGGCCCUCCGGAACAUGGGUGAAACAGGGAAACUCCUCGUGGAUAUCAUCAACGCCGUUAACGAAGCCACCAAGGAAGUGGUUAAGAUGAUAAUUGGCUUUGUGCCUAUAGGAGUAAUGUUCAUGACUGCAAGUUACGUCAUUGAGGUUGGGGAAAAGUGGGAUGCUGUCCUCAAACUGGGAAAGUUUACGGCAGUGGUUAUUACUGGGCUGUUCAUCCAUGCAGGAGUAAUUUUACCACUGAUCUAUGUCAUGUUUGUGAGACAAAACCCCUUUCCCAUCAUAAAAGGCAUUUCUCCGGCCUUGCUGAGGACCUUGCUCAUCUCACGCAGCCAUGCAGUCUCACUGACUUAUACGUGCUGUGAGGAAAUAAUCAACGUUGACAAAAGAAUCACUCGCUUCAUGCUGCCUAUUGGGAUCAAUGCCAAUAUGGAUGGAACAGCCCUUUAUGAAGUAGCUGCGGCAGUUUUCAUUGCCCAGCUUAAUAGCAUGAGAUUAAACUGGAGCCAGCUAUUUACCAUUGGUGUGACGGUGGCAGUGUCUGCUAUAGGAGAAGCAGGAAUCCCGGCUACUGGAACGGCGACGACUCUCUUCAUUUUGACAGUAGUUGGGAUUCCCGUGAGGGAUGCUUCCCUUUUGCUGGUUAUAGAAUGGUUGCUAGAUCGCUGCAAUGGUACUGUUAAUGUUCUGGGAGACUGUGUUGGUGUGGCGCUCGUACAGCAUCUGUCAAGACAAGAACUGCAAAAAAUGGACGAGCUAGGAAUUCACCAUCCCAGAGACCGGACAUCAAAAUGUGACAUUGAGGAUAUCCAUUCAGCCUCUACCAGCAGCCACUAGGUUGUUACGUCAACACAAAAGCCAAAUGAGCUGCCUGGGGUUGUCCUGUAGCCGCAACUUGAAGGAUAUUUUCCUUGGGAACAUGGACUGCAGCGGAACAUAAUUUUGUGUUGUUGUUAUUCUGUUACUCUUUUAGUAAAUUUAAUGUAUUUUUAUGGGUUCUUGGAACUAAGCCCCAAUGAAUUGUUUGAUAUAUUUGGAGUCCAACUGAUCAAAUGCAGUAUUUAUUUAUUUAUUGCUUGGAUUUAUUUCCCAUCUUGUAUUUGUGUGUAUUUUGUCUUGUUUGUGCAGCAUAAAAAGAUGUAGCCUGGAAAUUAAUUGUAAUUUAUACAAACUCGCUAAUAAUAUAAAAAUAAAAAUAGUAAUAAUAAUAAUAAUGAUAAUAAUAACAAUAAUCUAUACAUUUUAAGAACAUUCCUUAUAUAUGUU